AUGCGACACUUCGACACCUGGCUCGUCCGCGACCCCUACUCAAUAACCCAAUACUACCCCCCCGAACGCACAGGAGGACGCUGGUGGUCCAAAGCCAUCCGCGAACUAAUCUCGACCAGACAAAUCUGCGCUCCAGCGCCGUCCCCAACCCCAGUCCCCGUCUCACACUCCCAAACACAAACCAAACCGCAAACCAAAAGCCCCCUCUUCACGCACCUCCCCCCCGAACUCCGCCUCAUAAUCUGGUCCCACGUCUUCAACAUAGACCCCAACACACCGUCAGUCCUGCACCUGGUGACCAUCCGGAAUAGAAUCCAUCACGUCCGGUGCGCGCAUCCGCAUCCCUGCGCAAUCGACCAGAACCGGCGGUGUUGUCCCGCUAGUGCGGCCAGAUGGCGGACCGACACACAAACAGACGAAAGCACAAAGCUCUACCCACACACCCACCCCGCGCUCCCUUCGCACCUCAGCAACGGAAACCCAAGUCUCCUGCGCACUUGCCGCGCGAUCUAUAACGAGGCGGCUCCCCUGCUGUACGAGACUGUCACCUUCGAUGCGGAUGAUCUGGGGACUUUGAUUGCGUUUUUGGGGCAGGUUAGUCCGGGGUGUUUGAGGGUCGUCAGGGGGGUGAGGGUGCAGGUUGUGCCUUUGGGGGGAUUCUACAAUAUCCACACCCACACACACUCCCCCCACCUCUGGCGCACCCUCUGGCACUUCAUCGCGACCCGGCUUCUGAACCUCGAUGACCUGUCCCUCUGCAUCGACCUCGGGCGGUUCAUUGGGACGGCGCAGGGGGGUGUUGUUGGAGGUUUUAGGAUUCCGCUGGAAGAGACGGCGGAGUGGGUGGCGCCGCUGCUCAGGGUGCGGGGUUUGCGGCGGUUUGAGCUCGGGGUUACGGCGCGGUGUGAUGCCGGGGUGCGGGCGGUGGUGGAGGGGGAGUUAGGGAUUGACAGGCUUGUGAGGUUGCGGGAGGGGAUUCGGGGGGUUGUUUGUUCGUCUAGGGGGUUGGUCUGUUUGGAGAGGGAUAUGGAUGAUGAUGGGGAGGAAGCUCAGACAGAGGGGUGGACGCGGAGGUUGGCUAUUUGCUCUGCUUGA